UAGGAGCCGCUCCCGCGAGUGAGACGCUGCAAACCGAGGCCGGGCGGGCGCUCGUCGUGUACCGCCACGUCUCCUCCCGCGACUUACCCGCCGCGGCAUCGCCAGCCAUGAACGUGAGAAGAGUGGCCAGCAUCUCGGCGCAGCUGGAGGAAGCCAGCACCACCGGCGACAGUGUAGAAGAUGAGAUGGAAAUGGCUACUAUACGACAUCGACCUGAAGCCCUUGAACUACUGGAAGCACAGAGCAAAUUCACAAAGAAGGAACUUCAGAUCCUCUACAGAGGGUUCAAAAAUGAAUGUCCCAGCGGGGUUGUUAAUGAAGAGACCUUCAAAGAAAUUUACUCUCAGUUCUUCCCACAGGGAGAUUCCACAAUGUAUGCACAUUUUCUGUUCCAUGCAUUUGACACGGAUCACAAUGGAUGUGUGAGUUUUGAGGAUUUUGUUAUGGGCCUUUCUAUUUUGCUCAGAGGAACAGUGCAGGAAAAACUUAACUGGGCUUUUAAUUUGUAUGACAUAAAUAAGGAUGGCUAUGUAACUAAAGAGGAAAUGCUGGAUAUUAUGAAAGCUAUAUAUGAUAUGAUGGGGAAAUGCACAUAUCCUGUUCUCAAAGAGGAUGCCCCAAGGCAACAUGUGGAAACAUUUUUCCAGAAAAUGGACAAAAAUAAAGAUGGUGUGGUUACCAUAGAUGAAUUCAUUGAAAGCUGCCAAAAAGAUGAAAACAUAAUGCGUUCCAUGCACCUCUUUGAAAAUGUGAUUUAAUCUCAUGUCCUUCUGUCUUCAGUUCAUGGACAGUAUGAACAAUUCUGCAACAAAAAAUCCAUAACCCUGUUGCCACGUUUACCAUAAAUCAGGAUUGCUCAGCUUUACACUGAGAUGUGUAUAACGCAAAUAAGCUUUGUUUAAUUAAAGCCUUUCUGAGACUGUAUUUUUCAAAUAGUUGAAACAGUCUUGUUUAACAAUGCUUUGUAGCUGUUCUUAAAACCUCACCUGAUUCAGAGAACAAUCCAAAGGAUAUCUGCAUUAUUGCCAUCUCAUUCUUGAUAGAGGUCCAGAGAGAUGGAAAAGGGCAACAUGUUUCUCAUUUUCAUUAGCUGAACUUCUAGACCAUAAAACUGUUUAGUUUCAUGCUGCACAGUGUAUUUACACAAUUUUACAUAAUUCUCAGUUAAAAACUAUUAUAGCAAAUUGCAUUUGUGACACACAGUCAACCCAUGCACAAGCUGGGAUAGUCACACAACAUAGAUGACUAUUCCUUCUUACCACCUUUUACGAUGACAUAACCAGAUUACCUGAACAGGGGAUACUUCCAGGCAUAUAGUCUGUCUGCUCAGUGCAUCUUGAUUGAAGGGACAGAUGCAUUUGUCAAGUAAUCAUUAAAUACAAAUACACACAUGUCAUGGUGAAGGAAUCAGGCUCCAUUAUAUCCUACAGAAAUCCUGUUGAUGUAGAGAAGGAUACUACCCUCUAUAUUCUUGUGCAGUGACCUGCAUUUUUAAUUCUUGAUCUCCUUAUUUUAUAGGAUAUAUUAUUUUUAUAGUAAAAAGUUUGAAUGAAUUAACUUUUAUUAGUUGCCGGUGGCAAAAAAUUGUCUCUCCUCAAGACUUCCAGUUUAGUUACAAUAAAGACAGAAUUUAACAAAGAAUGUGCAAUGUCCACCAAAAGGGAAUAGUAAACAGUUGACUAUUACUAGCUCUUCAUUUGAAGAAAAGAAAAAUGAGAGUGUAUUUAAAUAUUGCUCUCUAAGUAUACAUUUGGGCAGCUAAAUUGUACCAGGGAGGGAGAAUAGAGAAGGUUCCUGUAAGCUUCCAGUAUUUCACUGUUCAGAGUAUACAACAAUAUACUGUCAUGCCCAGUGGCAAACAAUUUAACAUUAGCAGUAUCAAAGGAUUCUUUAGUUACAUAGGGUAGUGGGGGAAAAACAGGCCAGAAUCAUAUUGGUUAAUUACAUUGGAAUGAGUGUAAAUCGUAAGACUGAAUUGCCACUAGUUAACAGUUUGCCACUUGUAUCUCUCAGCUUGCACCAAUUCAUACAACAGAUGCACAAGGGAUACAAAGUGGCAACUCAUUGACUAGCAGCAAUUCACCACUGCAAUUUAUACCCGUGCACUUGUUCAAACUAGAGAUGGGGAUAUUCGUAUUCGUAAACGAAUAUGAUUAUCUCCAUUCCAGCUGCAUCAAAUGUAGGUCUGGCCCUUGCCACUGCACUGCCAGCAUCCCACUUUUCCCACCAAUUGUGAAUGUAGCUCCUCUGCCUCUCUGCUCAGAUGGCCAUUCCAGGCAGGGGAUGGGAGGACAAAUCUCCCUGCAUAGCUAUUGAGUGGCCAGCCAAGCAGACAGAAAGCAAAGCUACUUCCACAAUUGGUGGGAAGAGCAAGACGCUGGUGGAGUGGACAGGUCAGUUCCGAAAGCCAGACCCACAUUAGGUACAGCUGGGACGGGGAUAUUCUUAUUCAUUUACGAAUGAGAAUAUCCCUGUCUCUAGUUCCA